CCGAAGAUGUGUCCGAAAUUUAUUCAAUAUUCACUCGAUUGAAAAAAAUACUUUUUAAACAUGAACCGAAUGAGGAAGCAUAGAAUCAAAGAAGAGAAAGCGACGACUUCCUCAUCUAGUCGAAAACAGGAGGAGCAAGAUUUGGCGUAUUUCAUUCACGAUAGAGUAGAGUUGAUGCAUCAAGUGUUUUCCGUUUUGAAAUCGAAAGAGCUCAAGUCUUUGGCCCCCGAGUGCGUCAGGCGGCUCUCUAUAGACGAUUUACAGGAGUUAUGUUUGGAAGAACUUCUUGGAAUAAGUUCCAAGCGGCUCUGCGCUAUCCUGGACGGUGCUGAGCCCCCCUCAGACACGGACUCCUCCAGCCAGUCAGCCGAGCAGUUGGAGACAAUCUCUCUAGACAGCAUAUCUUCCGACGAUGAGAUACUGAGCCAGGCUAGCAAGAAGAAAAAGCACAAGCACAGACAUUCGAAGAAGAAACGCCGCAAGAAGUCAAAGUCGGGCGACGAGGGUGAAAGUCGAGCCUCGCGCGCCGGCCUGACCGUGCUCGAGUUGCUCGAGCUACAGGCCCGAGCUCGAGCCAUCCGCGCGCAGCUACACCAGGAGCCGACCAAAACCGCCGAGCCGGCAGCGGAGCCCGCGAGCUCCGACAACGACGAGGUCCUCAUCAAGGAGGAGCCGGCGGAAGUGGUGGAGAUCAGUAGCGACGAAGAGAAGCCGGAUGUGAAGAGGCUCGACCAGCAAAUUGGAACGACCACAUCGCAGUCUAAUGAAUCUGAGACAAAUAACAAGAAUGGUGACUCAAAAACAGUGACUAAAAGGAUAAACGAUUUGGUAAUAACAGUUCCACAGUCCAAGCCGACGCGGAGAAUUAAACUGAAAAGGAAAAAGCCAACAGAAACUGUUACUAAAGAAACAACAUCUAAUAAAGUAGCUGAAAAAGAAAAAGUUGACUCUAGCAAUACUCUUAACAGUACUGUUGUUUCUACUAUAUCUAAUGUUAAACACACUGAGACAGAACCUAAUAAAGCUAGCAAUGUUGAAGCUAAGAGCAGAAGUAAGAAAAGUAAGAAGAAAAAGAAGAAGGUAAAAGAAAAAGAAGGCAGUGACGAAGAUGAAAUAACUAUACAGUUAUCGGAUACAGAGAAAAUGGAUCUGCUUGAAGAUUUAGAUGCAAAGAACUUCGAUACUGUUAGCUCCAGCGAUUCUGAUAGUUCAGAGACUUCAGAGGAUAGUGAAAAUGAAAACCAGCAUGAUGAAAAACAAAAUGAUACUGAGAAACAGGCUAUCGAAAAACAAAGUGAAGCUGAUAAUUUAGAAAAUAACAAAAAUAAUGACACUGAAAGGGAUAUUGCAGCCGAACCUGAAGGAAAGGGAGAUAGUAAAAAAGAUGAAGAGAUAAGAGGUUAUGUAUCUAAUGACAAUGUACUGACAGUAGAAAUUAAUGAUUUGCCUGUUAUAAAUGAUGAUAUUACAACAUCAAACGAUAAUAAAAGAGAAGAAUCUAGUAACGCAAUAGUUGAUAAACAAAUUGGCGAAAAGUGUGAUGAUAAUGAUCAGAGAGCUCAGGAUUUAAGUAAAGAAAAGACAGAUGAUGCUAAUAAUAAACAAAAUAAUGACAAAAUGGAAAAAACAGAUGAAUGUGCGAAUAUUGAGAAAAGUGACGAUAAAGCGGAAAGCUCAUCUUGUCUAGAAACAAAAUCAGAUGGUGAAAUAUCUGACAGAGAGAGUUCUGAAGUUGAAGCCUCGGAUGUGCAACCGGAAGUAGUGUGUAUAUCCGAUGACGAGCAAAAGAAGAAGAAAAAAAAGAAAAAAGACAAAAAAUCUAAAAAAGAAAAAAAGAAAUCGGGUUUUCGGGAGCAAACCGAUGAAAACUUUUAUAAAGAUAAAGAUGUCAAAGACAAAGAAAUACCUACUGUAAUAGAAACAAUAGAUGAGGACGAUGAUGACGUGUAUGAAUAUUUAGAAAUUUCUGAUGAUUCAUCUUGCUACGAGGUGGAAGGCGUAUCAGUUCUAUCUAAAGAACCUACUGCAGAAGAAAUAGAAGCAUUUUCAGCUAGGAUGGAUGAAAUUGACUUAGAAAAAGAUGAAACAGUGAUACCAAUACCAAACGAAAACAUAGAAACGGAAAACGAUACUAAUGACCUUGAAAACGUAUCAUGGAAAGAUAGAUACCUAGGAAGUAAGAAGGUAAAACGAGUAUUGACUACAUCUAAUAUACUUAAUGCUAUUAAAAGGAAAAAUAAAGAGUUGAAGAAGAAGUUAGAAGAAGCUAAGAAGGCAGAGCUAGCAGAGAAAGAAGCACAGGAAGAAAAAGAAGAUGAUAAACCGACAGUUGAAGAUGGUACUAUUGAACAGUAUGAAACUCUUUUAGGUUCUACCAAAUAUGUAGAUCCAGUUAAAGAAAUAGACACAACAGAAUCUAAAGAUACACAAAAUAAAGAAGAUUCUGGAAACAAAGAUAAUUUGAACAAAGAAGAUGAAAGUGAAAACGUUACAAAAGAAAUGAAAAAAGACGCAAAACAGCUGCUUAAAAUGUAUAAGAGACUUCUGAAGUAUAAUGACAUUACUAAGCAAAAAGAUCCGAAUAAGAAGAAAAAGAAGAAACAAAAGAAAAAUAAGGAUAAAGAGAAAGAGAAAGUAGCUUAAGAUGAGUGUCAUAGACAAACAAAUAACACUGAAUGUACACCGUAAGUUAUACAACACCCCUAUUUG